CAAUGCCGUAUAUAUCAGUUCCCUUCCAAAUUUCCGAUAUACAAGUCCAAACUGUCAAAUCGAGGCUAUUUGUACUCUCGCUUCGGGCUCUAGUGUAUAAACGGAAUUUUCGUGUCUAGGAAACUUUAGUGUGAUAUUCGCAGAGUUCCAUUCUUCGAGACCAACAGAAGAGAACUUGUCGCGCUUUCAAACUUAACUGCUGCAGACCGUCAUCAACAGCACAAUGUCGGAUACUGAAGAGGAAUCAACGAGUAGUGAAAAUUGGCUCAUUAAUUCUGAAUGGAUUCAAGACUUCCUACGUGACUACCAUAAACAGAACGGAGAGUUUCUAGUCAAGGACUAUCACGUCUCGAAUGGAAGCUCAAAUGGUGUUAACAAUUUAAGUGAGGUGCUUGCUGUGAAAAUCGAUUAUGAAUUCAAAAAUGAGGAUCAACAUUUAGAUUUGUUCAUUAAAUUGUUACCGCACGAUCCGUUUAGUCGUUAUUUUGUAACAGAAGCGCAAUUUGAUUUGCGUGAGAUUAAAUUUUAUACGCAGAUCCUCCCCGAUCUUAUCGACUUCGAAAAGCGCAAUCUCAUCCCGUCCGCCGAAUCAAUGUUUAUCGCUGUGCCAAAGUGCUAUCACACCACGUAUACGCUCACCUCUCAUUUGGAUAACCCGCAUGCAAGUCCGGAACCUCCUGAAAGCAUUCUUGUAUUGGAGGAUAUGCGACCGCGUGGCUACAAAUCUGCUCAUUUCACCCAAGGACUCAAUUUGGAUGAAGCUAGAUCCGCUAUACGAUCCAUAUCGGUGGUCCAUGCAUUAUCGUUAGCAAUGAAACUUAAGGACAAGAUUGAUUUGAAUGAGAAAUAUCCGUUUCUUUUUCAAAUCUCCAAAGCAUCGGAUAGCUACCAACAACUGGUUGAACAGGGUCUGCCACAGUUAACACGUUUCUUGCAAAAGCGCGAGGGACGAGAUAAUGAGAUUAGCGCUUUGAAUGAUAUCCGGAAUAAAACGCGGAAUAUUAUUGAGAAUUUACUACAACCAAUCGAGCCAAUGGGUCUGAUAACGCACACGGAUUUCUGGUGCAACAAUCUACUGCUCAAAGAUGGGGGUGACAGCUCUGCUGUGGAUAAUUGCAUAAUACUGGAUUGGCAGAUGGUCACCUAUAGCAGACCAACAAACGACAUAGCCCUCCUUUUGAUUUCGUCCCUUCCUUCGAGCGUUCGACGUGCAAAUAUGACGAAACUUUUGGACUUUUACUACGAAUGUCUAAGUGAAAACCUCGCAAAAAUCUCGGUUGACUUAGAAAAUGACCUGGGCUACAGUAGGCAUAAGCUCGAAGCAGACUACAGAAAAUCCCAGCUCUUGGCCCUACUACUUUGCAUUGGUUCCGUGGAUAUUGCUCUCGGUAACGAAAACGCUGAGCAACGCUUCUUAGACGUACUGGAAGACUUCUACAAGGACGGCAUUCUUAGUUCAGAUUUUUUAAAUGAUAAUUGAGGUUUUAUCUCCUCAACUAACUAGCACACUUUAGAGCAAUCUAAAACCGAAACAUGUGUGUUUGUGCACGCACAAAAAUCAAUUAUUUUGCAAAUGUAUAUUUUUAUGUUUGUUACUUUUAUAUACAUUCGAAUUGAGAUAAGAUUGUUCUAUACGAUUUUUUAAAAUUAAUAGAAAAAAAUAUCAAAAUAUAGUUUUAAAUUUGGUAAUUUAGAUGAAAAUAUAAAAUUAGUUGACUUUUAAAUCAAGACGUCAUUGUUAACGUCAAUAGGAUAUCUACGAAAAAACUAGGACCCAUAUUUUCAAUGUUUUAAUACCGAAAUUGAGCUCUUUUACACUAAAUGUGAUUACAUGACACACCUUUAAUUUAUUUACGUGAAAUUUUUAAGAAAUUCAACUAAAACAAUAGAUCAAAAAUAAUAUUAAAGCCUUUUGAAAAUUUCAAAUUCAAAAUCUCAAAAUCAAAAGAAAGAAAAAUCGAAAUGCAACUAAAUAAAGCGAAUGAUAGAUUUUUAGAGCUAAAAAGAUACAUUUACUGGCAGACGAUUUGCAUGAUACAAUGGAAGAAAAAGCAGUAGAAACUAAAUCAUACACAGAAGUAGAAAAAAUGACACACGAAAUUAUAUUUUCGCUUAACACACUCAAUAAAUAUGAGAAAAAAAGAUAGAAAAA